CUCGGGCUUUGCCAAUUUGCUGUAACUUCUCUUCCUCAACCUGGGACAAAGACCCCCAGAGUUGAAGCAGAUUGAAGACCAGACAAUUGUGAGUAGAAAUCUCUGAUACAUUGGAAAACCAAGUUGAGCGGCCCGAUAUGAUGAUUGCAUAUUACAGAACCGCUGCGAUUGACGCGUUUUUGCGCGUAUGAUUGCAAUUGCCUAUUUUCUGACACACACUCUCUCGCUCUCCCUCCCUCGUGGUGUUACUCUUUCAUUCCUCUUCAAUUCGAGAUGUUUGCAUUUAUGUGAGCUGUGCGCAAGACCGGCUGACCUCGAGCUUGCACUUCCAGACGAUGCGAUGAGGCCAACUCCGAGUCUCCAGUUCCUGCGCCCGUACACCUGGAAGCCCGCGGGCCCGCCCAACCCGGCCUACCUGCGCUUCUUCCACCUGGCCCGGCAGCAGGAGCUGGAGCAGGCCAAUGCCCUCAAAUACCCUCGCCUCCGCCACCAUGGCCCGCCCAUGCGCAUCCCGGACUUCCGCAAAAAGUAUGACGGCAUCCAGCAGGGCGACGUCGCCGACGAGGAGGUGACGCUGCACGGCCGCGUCGAGUCGAUCCGUCGCGCGGGUUCCAAGCUCGUCUUCAUCGACCUGAGGGGCGAGUUUGAGCGCGUCCAGGGCAUCUGCAACCUCGGCAAGCUCCUCGACGGCACCACCGUCGGCCGUCUGAAGGAGCUCGCCAAGCUGCUCAGCAGGGGAGACAUCAUAUCCGUCAGGGGCAGGGCCACGCGGACCCCGACGGGCGAGCUCACCAUCCAAGCGACCCAUCUGCCCGAGCUGCUGACCCCCAGCCUGGUCCCGCUGCCCACGAAGCUCAUCGAUGAGGAGUCCCGGAAGCAGCAUCGUCACAUUGAUAUGCUCGUCAACCGCAGGACGACCGACAUCCUGCGGCUGCGGUCCUACGUCAUCAAGUACCUGCGCGAUUUCUUGCACGAGCGCGACUUUGUCGAGUUCCAGACCCCGAUCCUGGCCGGUGACGCCGGCGGUGCCAAUGCCCGCCCCUUCACCGUCUCGGCGAAGGCGGUAUCCAGGGACCUGUCCCUGCGCAUCGCGCCCGAGCUCUGGCUCAAGCGCCUCGUCAUCGGCGGCGUAGACCGCGUCUUCGAGAUCGGCCCUGCCUUCCGCAACGAGGGCAUCGACCAAACCCACAACCCCGAGUUCACCAUCUGCGAGUUCUACCACGCCUACGCCAACCUGCAGGACCUCAUCCGCCUCACCGAGGACCUCAUCCGCGGCGUGGCCGCGCAUUGCCAGGGCCUCAUCGCCACCAAGCUCACCUCGCUCCCUCCCAUCGACCUCACUCCGUUUGAACGGCCCUUUCAACAGGCCGAGUUCAUCCCCACCCUCGAAUCCGCCCUCGGCUUCACCUUCCCGGACCUCACGAGCCCGACCGCGCUCGCGGACCUCCAGUCCCUGCUCAGAAAGCAUAACGUCUCCCUGGAGCCGUCCGACGAGUCCGACUCGUCCGACUCUUCGGGCUCGUCCCACCCGUCGGCAGACACCCUGCCGCAGCUCCUCGACCGCCUCGCCGCGGCCUACAUCGAGCCGCUCUCCGCCGGGGGCCCGCUCUUCGUGACCCACCACCCGGUCUGCUUGUCGCCGCUUGCCAAGUCCUUCACCUGCCCCCGGACGGGCCAGGCCGUGUCGGCGCGCACCGAGCUGUUUGUGGCCGGCCGCGAGCUGGCCAACAUGUACGAGGAGGAGAACGACCCGUUCGCGCAGCGGAGCAAGUUUGUUGACCAGGCCCUUGCCAAGCUCGCUCCGACCCAGCAAGUCAGGAGCCCUACGGCGGCGGCCGACGAGGAGGCGGUCGUGAUCGACGAGAGCUACGUGCAGGCCCUGGGCAGCGGGCUGCCGCCGACGGGCGGGUGGGGCUGCGGCGUCGAGCGGCUGGUGAUGCUGUUUGGGGGGACCAGGAGGAUCGGGGACUGUCUGAGCUUUGGGACCCUCAAGAACGUCGUCGGCUUGUCUGCCGCUACGGGCAAGGGCGGACACGGUCCGGGUCAGGAGGAGCAGGAGGAGUCGGGGCACAAGGACAAGGGAGACGGAUCGUCUUCCCCGGCUGCAGGUCACUAAGAGCUGGAGCUGGGUAUGUGAUGUGUGUGUAGUAUAUAUGUGUAUAUGCGACUCCGUAUGUGCCUGUACAAUAACGAGACUUGGGGACGAUAUAUGUAUCUUGUUUGUACAAGUCAAUAAUAGACGAUAGACGGCGCUUGCUCGGCUGCCUUGUGAGGCUGUAUUUCUCAGAUGCAAAAUUAUCGGUAUUGUGACGAGACUUGAGAAAGUCAUACUCCACUUCUGCACUAUAUUUGUCGUUUAUCCGAUUGCCCGGCCAUAUAUCGAGAGGAGAGAUACUUGCCAGUUACAUUAUAUAGUUCGUCCGUACUCUUAUCUCCUUUGCUUCACAGGCAGCAAAUUGCUCCUCCGCAGUGAUCACAAGCAGCUAUUGUCAGAGUCGUCGCCUCUCAAGGUCAAACAAACUACGUCGAUGAAGG